AUGAAAAUUGUCAAGAAUACAAGGAAUGAGCAUAUGGGUCUGAACGCGAAAAUAAAGAUUAAGACUAAACAAUCAACACCAGAUUGUCGUUUGACAUUUUUAAGAUCCGGUGGAGACAAAACCACUGCUGUGACUGCUGCUGCUGCUGCUGCUCAGCCAACAGAACGAUAUCUGGCCAGAUAGCAAUCGACAGCGACGAUUCGCGCGUUUUACCGCAAAUCCCCAUUUUCCAAUUUUUUUUUCGUCGUCGUUUUCGUCUUCUUCUUCUUCCUUCACACCACUAAUGGACCGCCGCCGCCGAUGACGACGACGACGACGACGCUUUUAACAACAAGAGCCAUUUUUGAGUGGCUGGAAAAUGAGAUUUUCGACACAAUGCUUACUCAUAAUGCUCAUUACGAAGACGCGGAUUUCAAAGGAUCAUCGCAUAGCUAA